AUGACGGAGAUGAAGAAAGUAGAAAGACCCCGGCCUAUAUUCGACAGAGGAGGUUUGGAUAAGUCCAAGUACUGUGCUUUCCAUGAUGGACCGGAUCACACCACUGAUCAAUGCUGGGAUCUCCGAGAUGCUCUGGAGAAAUUUGGUUCCAAAAAUAACAAAAGGAAGUCUGGAAACCGAAAGAGAAGCAAAAGCCCGGUUCCUGAAAAGAAAAACAAGGAUGAAAGGAACCAGAAAGAUGAUUCCAACCAUGAUGAAUUCCCGGAAGUGAAAUUUGAUUGUAACUUAAUUAGUGGAGCCCUUAGAGGAGGAGGAGACACUGUAAGUGCCAGACGAAAGUAUCUGAAAGAGGUCCUUUCUAUUCGCGAUCGUCCCAAAUUCAAGGAGGACCUUAGCAAACCAGACCCUCCUCUGCUGUAUUUCACAAAGGAAGGCAUGCAUGGUGUUUUGUCGGGACACGUAGACGGAUUAGUCAUCGCUGGAACCUUGGUGAACUGCCGAGUUAAGAGGAUUUUCGUCGACGCAGGGAGUAGUGCCGACAUUAUACUGUGGGAUGCUUUCAAAAAGAUGAACCUUGAUGAGGAGGACCUCAAACAUUGCAAAACAACCUUGAUAGCUUUUAAUGGAGAGCAUACACCUCCUAAAGGCUAUAUAGAUCUCAGGUUGACCCUGGGGACAAACUAA